CAUGGCGACACCUUUUCCCGCCGCUCUCUGGCGCCCCCUGCCGCUCGGAGCCGAGCUCCACACGCCCGUGACGUCACGAACAGAGUCGUCAUGGCGUCUGCGGGACUGAAGCUAGAGCUGCAAUUGAGCUAAAAAAAAAAAUCUGUCGACAGUUUGUGGAAAACGAAAUGGAGAAAAAUGCAAACGUGCAUGAAGCCAGAGACACGACCUCCCCGUCUCCCAGGACGGCGGGGGACGUGAAGGAUGCUGCCGCGGGUUCUGGGCUGAAGGGAACCAGCGACCAAUGCACGAAGAGUGAACCUCCGCUCAGUAGUAGUUUGGUUCUCGGUAGUUGCAGUGAUGGCUCCAGCCCCGCCGUCCAUGGGAUCCCGGCGGUUGCGAACCCACAACCAACAAACACCACUCAAAGCCUACCAUUGCAUGGAGACGACGUGGUGGGGAACGGGCCAUGGACGGACCCGGACCCCGACCCGGGGCCGAGGGAUGCGACCAGUAACGGGAUGGGGAAGAACUCGGUGGUGGCUUCAGGAAAUAGCGAGGGUGGCACCUCAAAGUUGGUGGAUAGCAGAAAGGGGGAUCUACUCUCGACUCCUACUGAUGUGAGCAGCACGGGUCUGGUGCAGGAGGACACUUUAGGCGGUGAUGGAGGCGAGCAAAGGAAGCCUGUCAGACCCAAACAUCUAUGUCCAGACACUACCAUAUCGUCGACCAGCGUCAGGUCCGAGAACCCCGCAGACCAGACCACAUCCGACGGAUUGCCAAGUACGAGUGACCCCGAUCCGAGCGUUGUGGGAGAAUCUCGUAGUAUAGAUUCACUCGAGUCCUUCUCCAACCUGAAUUCCUGCCCCAGCUCUGAACUCAACAGCGAGUGCCUGGAGGAACGGGGUCUGGCCUUGUCUCUGCAGAGCGAGGAUGGUGCUGAUGAGACUAAGGUUUCCUGCGCCAAGGACCGAGGCGCCGCCGGCCAGUCCAUCUACCACAUCAAGUGGAUCAAAUGGAAAGAGGAAAACACCCCCAUCAUCACCCAGAACGAGAACGGGCCGUGUCCACUACUGGCCAUCAUGAACGUCCUUUUGCUGGCUUGGAAGGUCAAGAUGCCCCCUAUGAUGGAGAUCAUCACUGCUGAACAACUCAUGGAGUAUCUUGGAGAUUACAUCCUCGACUCCAAGCCUAAAGAGAUCUCUGAGGCCCAGCGGCUAAACUAUGAGCAGAACAUGAGUGACGCGAUGGCUGUCCUUCACAAGCUCCAAACCGGCCUGGACGUCAACGUGAGGUUCACCGGCGUGCGAGUCUUCGAAUAUACCCCAGAGUGCAUCGUGUUCGACCUCCUGGACAUCCCUCUGUACCACGGGUGGCUGGUCGACCCCCAGAUGCAGGACAUGGUGAAGGCGGUGGGGUCCUGCAGCUACAACCAGCUGGUGGAGAAGAUCAUCUCCUGCAAGCAGUCGGAGAACAGCGAGCUGGCCGGGGAAGGCAUGGUGGCAGAGCAGUUCCUGAGCAGCACGGCGACCCAGCUCACGUACCACGGGCUGUGUGAGCUGACGGCGGCCGUGCAGGAGUGGGAGCUGUGCGUGUUCUUCAGGAACAACCACUUCAGCACCAUGAUCAAACACAAGGGCCAGCUGUACCACCUGGUGACGGACCAGGGCUUCCUGACGGAGGAGAAGGUGGUGUGGGAGAGCCUCCACAACGUGGACGGCGACGGCAACUUCUGCGACUCAGAGUUCCGGUUGCGCCCGCCGUCGGAUCCGGAGACUGUGUACCGCGGGCAGCAGGACCAGAUCGAUCAGGACUACCUGAUGGCCCUGUCGCUGCAGCAGCAGAGUGCGGAGGUGGAGUGGGCGGAGCUCCCCGAGGGCGUCAGCGACCUGGAGCUCGCCAAGAAGCUCCAGGAGGAGGAAGACCGCCGCGCCUCCCAGUACUACCAGGAGCAGGAGCAGGAGCAGCAGGGCCAGGAGGAGCCGGCGGGGGCGGAGCCAGGCCACGGGGAGAGCGGGGCUGCGGCCGCCGACGUCGCCCCCAGGACGGGGCCCGGGGGCGGGGUCGAGGCCGCCGUGGGGCCCCCCUCCAGCCCCGGGAAGCAGCCCGCCGCCGGGGAGCGCAAACCCAAGAAGGAGUCCAAGGAUAAAGACAAAUGUGUUCUUUUGUAAUAUAGUGUGUUUGUGUGUGUGUGUGUGUGUGUGUGUGUGUGUGUGUGCGCGUGUGAGUGAGUGUGUGCUUGCGUGCACAUGCCCAGCUGUGCAUGUGUAAAUCUGAGAAAAGGGGACAGCGUUUGAACAACACUACACACAGCUCCCCUCGCCCCGAGAGAGAGAGAGGGAGAGAGGGAGACAGAGAGAGAGAGAGCGAGAGAGAGAGCGAGAGAGAGAGAGAGAGACAAAGAGAGAGAGAGAGAGAGAGAGAGCGAGCUGGGAGGGAGAGCGAGACUCAGAGGACUUGUUGUCCCACCACUGGUGCCUGCUGCCCUCCCCUUCCCCGGCCUGGAGGUCAGAGGAGGGGACACCUCGACGUCUACUGUACCCCCCUCCCCUCACACGCGGCGGCUCUCGGACGGCGUCACAAGUCGCACAACGCACACUAUUUGUGACGGGGGCUCGAGCUCGGGGCGGUGGCUUCUGUUUCAUAGCAGCACCCCCCCCAUGUGUCCGAGAGGAGGAUCACUUCUCGCUCUCCUUAUGGAGGCUUUGUGGGGUUUCCCAAUCUCCUCUUGCGUCCUUUCCUCACUCGUAUAACGGAGAACACUAUUAGGCUGCUAAGGCCAUUUGUCGGAUUGCUUUGUACACCCAUAACGUUGUCUUGUGCUGAUUUGCCUUACCACUGUUUGAAUGUCUAGUUUUUAACCGUACAUUUUAUUUUUGUGAUGAUCUUCAUAUUUUAUUUGCUCAGCAUGACUGAUGUAACGUUACAAAAGGCGAAUACUUUUGAAAGCUAUAUACAUUUUAGUAUUUAUUUUCUCUAUCAUUAUGCCCUUUAUGUUAUCGACCUGCCCAUCUCACCAUGGACAAUCACACCCAGCACCCUGGGACGGGGGGCUGAGAUCUAGACGCUUCUAGAUCAGCUAAAUGAGAGCGCCGCCAAACAGAAAAAAAGAUAUUCCAAAUUCUUUAAUCAUUGGAAAAUAAUUUGCUCAUCGCUUGAAAGGCCAAACACCUCUUCCACCUCCAACUUUUCUCCCUUUCAUCUAAUCAGGCCACGGUUCUCAUAGUCUGGAACCCAUUUAGAUUCCCUCUGAGCGUCUGUAAAGCAGAUCAAUGGAUUUCAGGCGACACGCUCCACAGACUGACACUAUGUUGACUGAUGAUUAGACUGAAUAGUCCUUACUUUCAUCAGACAUAACCCUAAUUAAGCAAUUUAAACAUAUAUGCUGGUCUAAAUAUCCAGAGAUUUCAACCUUAACACCUAAUGAACACGUUCUUGAAAGAGAACCUUUAGUUUGCAGACAUUGUGUACAUAACUAAUCUGCACUUGUUGUUAUAUAGACGUGUGUGGGCAGCCACGAGCCUACUGCCUCCGGAGAACCUUUUCUAUACAUUCCAGUGGGAUGCCUUGACUUAAGCCUUUAUUUGUCAUAUCAAACAACGGUUCUAAGGGUUCUACUUGUCUCUGGGUCGGUCCAUCGGGAGUACUUCUGUGGUUGUGUGGAUCUCAAUAACAGGUGGAGUCCAAGGACCGCUGGGUCCUUCAGAGACACCAGAGAGUUGCAGCAGCAACUCCUUAUAGGAUGGUUUAAAGGCGUACCAAGGCUACACUUUGUAUAUAAACAGCCUUACAACACCAUGUUAUAGGACACAAGCAUACAACCUAAAGAGACAAUCCAUACAUACACAACAGAAUUACUCUCAGGCCUUCUCUGAAGGGACAUUUCAUUUAGUGUAUUUGACAAAUCUCAUACUUUAGCCAGUAUGCUGGCCUGUUUCAGCUUUAUUACAGACACUGAUGUGUGUAUAUACAUAUAGAGUAUGUUAAAGGACAGCUUCAUAGUUCUGUGCAUAGGUAUGUCAACCGACACUUUCACAUGAAUAUAUCCUUAUUGUAGAAUUUUACAACUUUUACAUUGGUUAACGCUGCUGUGCUCUUGUUCACUUAAACCAACGGAAUAUUUAACUUAAUGUGGUUAAGGAACACAAUGUUAUUCACGACGAUGUGGCGGGCUUUCCCCAGUACUUGAGUCUCGACUACCACAGUAGAUGUGUGAAGGGAAUAGUUCAAUGUGUGUAAUGCAAGAUACCAGAUUUCCACCUUUUCAGGAAAAUGAUUUGGGGCGAAAGACGAGAUGAGACGAUAGGUCUAUUAAUCCUUUCUCAGUUUUGGGGAUCAAACACCUUUGAGCAAAAUGUGAUGAAGCUACUCUUAUUCAACUCUGAAAAUAAUUGGACACAGCUUUUAUUUAAUUACCUGCCACAUGUCUUAGCCCGUUUGGUCUAUUGACGAGACAUUGAGAUUGAUUGGUUUGGAGAUGGAGCAUUCAUUAAAACGUUUCUAUGAUGUGAAAGAGUGUGUGUUGGUUAGUGCUUUGAUUCGUGGGGAUUGUGUUUGCGUUUAUUUUAAACCACACAUCAUUUUUGCUGUAAUAAGUUUUGAGUUUUGUCCAUGUUUCCAAGAUGAACUGAUCAAAAAUGUAUUGUGUGUGUUCAAUGUCUCCAGUGAGUAUAUGCCUUGUACAAAUUAUGAUAGGGUAAAUGCUGUAACAUACUAGUCUUUUGACAUGGUGGUCUUUAAACAUGUCCUUGUAAUUGGUUUUGCACUGUUACAUUGAUAUGCACUGCUAAACAAAGUGGACCAGAAACAUACCUCAUUUUAUAUAGAUCAGAAAUGGAGCAAGUGGGUCUGUUGCAAUGAUACGUAAAUGACAUGGGGACUUGCUUCAUAAUGUAGAUGAAUAAAGCUGCAAAGUAUCAUCGGCUGCUCCCAUGUUUUGGCCUGGACCUAAUUGAAGGAGCCUAAUUGAAGGAGCCUAAUUGAAGAAGGGGGAACCGGCUGUAGUUUAACAACAUAAAGCCAUGGUCCCAGCAUGGCUAACCAACGCUAGAUUGUACUAAAGAUGUGGACCAGAAAGUAAGUUAGGUAACUCAUUUGCCCCUACACACACCGACGGAAAGGCACUCCUGGGCACAUUGCCUCGGGAGGUGAAGGGACGUCCAUUAUUUUAUUGUAUCAAAGACAUUGAUUCUACUCACAACUUUUCUUGGAUGCAAUAUUAACUCCCACAAGUUAUUUUGUGGUGCAUGUAGUUUUAAAUGCAAGGGUUACAGGUUCACAUUAGAUACACCAUGAAUGAGUUGGGUUGUCCAACAUGGUUUUAUUUUAAUUUGUUAUAAAGAAAUGAGACCCUGCUUUGUUGUGAUUGUAAUAACAUGGACAACAUUUGUGUCGUUUUAGAUGUUUAUCAAUUUACAUUAAUGACCAAAUAUUGUGUGUAGCCUUUAACAGCAGCAAUGAAAAUGUAUUUGGUGACCACACCGAGUAUAUUAUAUAUAAAACAAAAUGCCUUAUAGACAAGACAUUCAACCUGAACACAACUUCUAGAAUAAAAGUUUCAAAACCUGUAAGUAUUUGCUGGUUCAUGGUAAAUAAUUACUUAAUGAUAUAGCACGAGUUGGCAAGUUUCUUAAAAGAUUUGAGUCAAAUAUUCUAGUCAGACAAUAUGUUAAUUAUAUGC